CCACUGACCACUCCCUUGCAAGCUAAUCCACGCCUUCAGCUCACCGGAACUGAUCGGAAACCCAAAAGAGCAAAAUAAAAUGUACAAUCUCACCUUGGAGUCCAUCAGGCAACAUCUCCUUGAUGACGCCGAGAUCCCAUCCUCCGUCGUCACUUCACCUUCACCUCCAACCUACCUUCGCAGCUCCAGCUUCGGCCGGCUCGUCGCCGAUCAGUGGAUCGACCUCCCCUUCCGUCCUGACGACUCCGACGAUAUGGUCGUCUACCUCGCCCUCCACGACGCAUUCAGAAACGGAUGGUUUCCCGGCGACUCCGGCGCCGCUGGCACCGCUCUGCUGGAGCCGGCGAAGCCGGAUUCACCUGAUCCGGAGGCGGCGCCGGAGAAGGGGAAGCACUUCCGCGGCGUGAGGCGGCGCCCGUGGGGGAAGUUCGCGGCGGAGAUUAGGGAUCCGGCUAAGAACGGGGCUAGGGUUUGGUUGGGGACAUUUGAGACGGCGGAAGAGGCAGCGAUCGCAUACGAUCGCGCCGCAUACCGGAUGCGCGGAUCCCGAGCGCUUCUUAAUUUUCCCCUUCGCAUCGGAACCGAUGCCUGCGCCGGCGAAUCGCCGGCAAUGAUUUCUCCGGUUAAGCGGGCGAUUUCUGUAUCAUCCCCUUCCUCUUCCUCGUCAUCUUCGUCUAAUUCGUUUUCGUCUUCUUCAAUGUCCUCACAAUCCACGGGGUCGGUGAAGCGGAGGAAGAGAGGACAGGCCGCAGCGGCGAGUCAAAGCCCGGAUUCGCCUGCCGCUGUUUGUUCUCCGGCUCCGGUACCGGUUCAAUCUCCGGCUAAGGAGUAGUCCCGAAAAGGAGCAGGUGAGCAACUGGCACGUGCUGGGGAAAUGUUAGUUAGCUAAAUGGGUACGAUCGGAGUCGGCACACGUGUAAACAUGAAGUGCAGCCUUUUGAAUACCCCAGCAAUCAAUGGAAAGUUGAGGGGGCGAAAUGCAAAAUAGGACUGUUAAUAAUUCAGUUAGAUUAAAAAAUUGCUUAAAAACUAUUUUUGUGAAACUUGCUUUUGCAAAAAGAAUCAAUAUAUAAUAAUUUAAGAAAACUGAAUUAUUUGCAUUCCAAUUGGAAUAGUUGUACUGUCUCUAAGCAAGAUGAGUGUGGCUUAGUAUUUGGAGAUUGUUGAAGACUGGCUUGUGAUAACAAAUUGGGCCUUGGGCCUUGGGGCCCAUUGUACAUUGAAAUUCCUAUAUUAAAUUUCUUUUAUUAUUAUUUUU